GCCGACUCCUUUCUCUGCCGAUUUCAGCCCUUACUUUGAUGGCAGUGCCUGUAAUCCCGCAGGAACUUUCGACUUUGGUGCUCCCAUGUCUCUUGCGGCUCUCUCCGGAGUUAGCCGCGUCUCGGACGAGUAGUGUUCCGAAAGCAUGGGUAGCAUCAUGGCGGACAGUUCUUCGCAGGAUUCCAAUGAUUACGCUUACUGUCAGCUCCAACCCGGUCCUUCUUUCGUUGACAGUACUUCCAAUUUUGCACUUGAGCCACUACAAACCGGUGGCGUUGGCACCACCGCAUAUCUCGAUGGUUCUCCCGUUAUACCGCUCGCUUCGGAUUUCAACACCCCGGAAACUUCGUCCCCGAGGCCAGGCGGUUGCUACAACACUCAUUUCGCCCCUGAGACACACUCGCCCACCCCUUAUUCCCAGGCCUCCGUCCAAGACAGCCAUUCCCCGUCGUCAACCUCCUGCUCCUCCCCGGAAGCCUCUUCCUCUCCUGGCCGCCUCAAGGAAUACAGAUGCACAUUUCCUAACUGCAAGAGCAAAAGGAAGGUCUUUAAACUGCCAUCGAAACUCCGGAAGCACAUGAACAACCACACCCGUCCCCACAAGUGCGAGUACUGCAAAGACUACAAGGGCGGCGCCGAGCACAAGGACCUCGCCCGGCACGUGCACACGUGCCACCCGGAGAUGGUUCCCCGCGGCGACCGGACAUACUCCAAGGAGUUCGUGUCCUGCCCUCGGUGCGAUGUCAAGAACAUGCGGGCGGACAACCUCAAGCGGCAUCUGAAGACUUGCGGUGGGAGGGGGACAGGGACAGGGACAGGGACAGGUAGCUCUGUUGUUUCGACGGUUGGGUUGCUGCUUGGAUAGGAACAGGAGACACUGGACACCUGGACAGAGACUGUCUGUUGUUUGUGUCUCGGAAUUGACCCGAAAGACGGUGAACUAUGCUUGAAGAAGAUUACGCGCGAUGUAUUACAUCCUUGUGAUGUGAUGUGGCUGGCUUUGGAAGGGGAGGGCAGGGGAAUGGGGGAUGAACCUACCUCACCUUGGUCCCGGGGGAAUUGGGUAUUGGUUCUGUGCAGUGUCUCUUUCUACUCUCUAUUUUGGUUCUGCUGUUUUGCACUUGCUCUGGUGAUUUUGGAAGUUGCCCGUUCAUUCUUUUACAUGUGAGGUGGACUCUGUCUCCUAGGAGCCAUGUAGGCCCCGAUCACUUUUCAGAUGUUGUGGAGACCAGUAAGUCUCACAUCUCAGGCGCCUGCUAACUCAUAUAGGUGAUGUCCUCGCUCUA